AUGGCGUCCGUUACCGCCGAGAAGAAGCUCGACAUGUCGCUGGACGACAUCAUUGUGCAGGAGCGUGCAAAGACCGACGCGGGGGCAGCCCCUGCGGACGAGGCCAAGAGCACGAAACACGCCGAGCACGCGGGCGAGUCGAGUUUGCACCAAGCUGACCACAGUGACGCGGGCCACGACGUGGAGAUGGAGUCGUCGAGCGCUGUCAACUGCCGCGUGUACGUGGGCAAUCUGUCGUGGAGCAUCAAGUCGCAGGACCUCAAGGAGCACAUGCUCGCAGCUGGACCCGUUGAGGCCGCGACGGUGCUCGAGUGGAACGGUCGCUCGAAGGGGUGUGGCGUCGUGACGUUCGAGUCGGAAGACGCAGCAAAGAAUGCUAUCGCCACGCUCAAUGACACGGAACUCGGUGGCCGCAAGAUCUUUGUUCGUGAAGACCGCGAGUCCCAGCCGUCGUCGGCCCAGAAACCCAAGCGCGGCUUCCGGGUAUACGUGGGCAACUUGUCGUGGACUGUCAAGUGGCAGGAGCUCAAGGACCAUAUGAAGAAGGCCGGCACGGUGGUGCACGCCGAUGUCCUGGAAGAGUCGAAUGGUCGCUCCAAGGGGUGUGGCCUCGUGGAGUACGCUUCGCCGGACGAAGCUGCGAAGGCCAUUGCGGAGCUCAACAACACGGAGCUCGAAGGCCGACUCAUCUUUGUCCGCGAGGACAGAGAGCCUGAAGGCGGUAGCAUUUCCAAGUUUGCCAAGCGCGCUGCGCCUCCUCGUGGUGGUGCUGGCGGCGGUGGCGGUGCUGGCGCUGGCGGUAGUGGCGGCGAGGGUCGUCAGCUCUAUGUUGGAAACCUUCCGUGGGACACCAACUGGCAGCAACUGAAGGACCUGUUUGCAACCGUGGGAGCGGUUGAACGUGCCGACAUCGCUGAGCACCCGGACGGUCGCUCGCGUGGCUUUGGUAUCAUUCGAUACACGAAUGCAGCGGACGCGUGGCAAGCGAUCGAGCGCUUCAACGGGUACGACGUAGAAGGCCGGCUGAUCGAGGUGCGCCUGGACAAGAGGGAGUAA